AUGCCCGAGAAUGUGAGCAAGGUGAUCGCCAAGAAAGGGGCCAAGAAGGCGGCUUCCAUGUCGCACUCGAAGGGCGCGAAGAGGCGGCGCCGGGUCCGCAGGGAGAGCUACGGCAUCUACGUGUACAAGGUGUUGAAGCAGGUGCACCCGGACACGGGCAUCUCCUCCAAGGCCAUGAGCAUCAUGAACUCCUUCGUCAACGACGUCUUCGAGCGGAUCGCCUGCGAGGCGCUGCGCCUGGUGCACUACAGCGGGCGGCACACUAUGUCGUCGCGGGAGAUCCAGACGGCCGUGCGGCUGCUGGUGCCCGGGGAGCUGGCCAAGCACGCAGUCUCCGAGGGCACCAAGGCCGUCACCAAGUACACCAGCUGCAAAUGAGACACACCCGCUGGCAACCUGCCCUCCACACACCCACCCACACACCCAACAAAGGCUCUUUUCAGGGCCACCUCCACAUUGUCCGCUUGGAGUUUCGCUUACAGGGGCUAUAAGCUCCUCGAUCGGAUCGAAAAUGACGGGAAUGGAGACAAUAGGUGUAGGAGUAGGCCACUCGGCCCUUCGAGCCAGCUCUAUUUGUUACUAACACCUAUGAGAGAAGUGAGUGACUCAAACUUCUGAAUUAUCUGGGGUGUUAAAUGGUCAGCUCGACAUAGACUACAAGACCUACACCAAAUCCAAACCAAUUAGGAGCAGACCAGGGCAUUCGAUCCAAUUUGUGAUCCCAGCUACAAAGACAGAUGUGUACAGCAAUUCGUUCUUCCCCCGACAAUUAAAGCAUGGAAUAAUCUCCACCCAACUAUAGUUACCCAACCAGAUGCAACUAAAUUUAAAGUAGCUCUUUCUUCCCAAUAACCCUUU